UCUUGUUUAUUAAUUUCUCAUGGGCUUGCUAAUGGUUGUCUUGCAGCAUAGCAAGUUUUGUUUCAGCUCAUUCCUAAUUGGUGGCAAUGGCAAUCUCCUGAAUGUGAAUGUUUACCAGGCAUAUGCAUUAAUAUUCUUUCCCUCCCCUUAUCUUGUUUAUCAAAUUGUACCAUCUUUGUUAUUCUGUUCUUUGUAUGGUUUGUUGCAGCAUAAAAAUUAAAUCUUCUUUUCUGAUACUAUUGCAAUGAUCUGGGUUGCAGCAUCAAACUGAAUUUAAAGAUGAUCUGGAGCUACCAAAUAUUUUACCUUCCUUGCAGCAUUAAAAAGAAAAAAACAACUGAGGUGGUUGCUGCAUUACAACGAUUAUAAUUACAUAGCCUCAAGGAUUGUUUAUGUAUAAACUGCCAAUUUGUGAACAUAAUUUGUUGCUAAAGUCUCCAAAUAGAAGAAUUAAAUUGUUUGUUUGCAUGAUUUAUUAUAAGGAGUUUUCUUUAGAAUUUGGAAUUUAAAAACAAGAAUGGAAUCAGAAGUACAAUAUGCUUUAAAAGGUAGUCAAAAUAGUAGCUCUGCAACUAAGGGGAUACUUGCAUUUUAACUGAUAUGCUUGAGUCCAAAUUCCAAAAAUUCCAAUAGAAACAAGAAGUUUAAAAUGUAAAUGUUUAUGAAACCAAUGUUAAUCAUAGAAUAUAUAUAGACUCUAAUGAAAUAUUAUUAUUGUUUUUAGGAGGAACAAAUAACCCAAAUCACAAUUUUUCAAACUUUUCCAGGUCUGUUGGUCAUGCUGGCUAAAAAUUCUAGAAUUUUUAAUCCAAUGCAUUUAUUGUAAAAUUUUGUUUAAAAAAGCUUAAAAUACCAUUGAUUCCUGGUGAUUAUAUGAAUAGUUGUGGUUUGUCAGUGCCUUUUUUAGGUUGUUUUGCAAUCUUUUUGCCUAGCUUACAAUCUUGAUAAUCCAUAAUGAUGUCCUGUCCUACUAGUCUUCAAGCAGAGUUUUUCCAGAGAAAUUUACAAUAGUAAAAAAAAAUCACAUUUUAGCCCAUAGUAAUAAUUAAAAUGAAAUAUAUUAACAAAAGCAUAGUCAAUAAAUGUGCAUUUAAAAUAUUGCAGUAUACAGUAAACAUAUUAAUAUAUUAAAAGGCUUGGGGAAGUAAAAUAACUUUUCUUGUUGCUAGAAAGAUUCUAAAGUUAAAUCCAGGUAUGCUUCACUGUGAUGCAGUUAUUCUUACCGUUGAGGAGAUCCACUACCAGGCAACCAGUUUUCCGAUUUUAGCCUAAGAAGGCAACUGGAGCUGGACUUAGAAAAUGACUCUAAGUUGCUGAUAGGAAUAUAUGUGAAAAGGUUCAGACUGUAGUCCCAAACUUGGGAAGACUUUUAUAGGUUAGUUUGAGGACUUUGAAUCAAGACUGGAAAAGAGUUGGCAGCCUGUGAAGGUCAUGCCAAAGGGAGUAAUGCAAACAGUUAUGCUCCCGUGGCUGUAUUUUGUACUAAUUGAUGUUUCAGAAUUGGCUCUAAAGAUAGUAAUCUAACCAAGUCUCUGUUGAGUUGAGCUCAUCUCCUGGUGUCUUUAUAAAGACCUUUCAUAGCAACGGUUUGAAAAUAAUUUUCCAAUGUCAUCUACUAGAAUUUAUUUAUUUUCUCAAUCUACAUCUGAGGUUUCUUGUCAGUCUCCUAUGGAAUCUGUCUGCCUGCUUAUCCAUUGGUACAUGCAGCUGUGAGAUUAGUGAUAACCAAAUCUGAUCCUACAUAGCUUUUACUAGUUUGGUUAGGUUAUUAAAGUGAGGCCAUCAACAUCUAGUUAAUAGUUUUAUAUAUAUCAUACCAGUCUAAAUUGGUAGGAGCAGCUUCAUUUGUCUAUUUGAUAGUGGAGCUCUGGAAGGACCCUCAAGGUGCAGACUUCAUCCAUUGUAGGAAUGAUCCAACAAAGGCUGCUGGAAGUGUGACAGAGAUAAUUGUUUUACUAGCAGUCUAGAAAAAAAAAUGUAAUAGUGAAAAUAAAUACAUAAUCCAACCAAAUUACUUGGAUUAAUUAUUUUAUUUUCAUAAUAUUUCAGAUAUUAUUCUCAAGGUGUUUUCAUCAGUUUGCUCUCUUUAUUUCUUGUUUUCAAUGCAGUUAAUCCAUUUUGCAUGAAGUAUAAAACAUCUUUAUCAUCUCUUAAUAGUUCUCUAAUGUCAGCCGAUACCAGUUGAUUUUUCUGAAUGGAUUAAUUUGAAAGAUAUGUUUUAGUUGUACAUGUACUGUCCAGGCAAUUUGGAGCAUGUAAAGUAACCAAGGAAACUGAAUUCCAGUAUGUGGUAUAUUAUGCAGAGCAUCCAGAGUAAAUAUUCUUUGUCAGAGCGCUUGAUCCGGACUAUAGCAGCCAUCCGAUCCUUCCCGCAUGAUAAUGUUGAAGACCUAAUAAGAAGGGGAGCAGAUGUCAACUGUAUGCAUGGUACUCUGAAACCAUUGCACUGUGCUUGCAUGGUGGCUGAUGCUGAUUGCAUUGAGCUGCUGUUGGAAAAAGGAGCCCAGGUCAAUGCCCUUGAUGGCUACAAUCGAACAGCUCUUCAUUAUGCAGCUGAGAAGGAUGAGACCUGUGUGGAGAUCCUUUUGGAAUAUGGAGCAAAUCCCAAUGCACUGGAUGGCAAUAAGGACACCCCACUUCACUGGGCUGCUUUUAAAAACAAUGCUGAAUGUGUCCGAACACUUUUGGAAAGCGGUGCCUUUGUCAAUGCUCUGGAUUAUAACAACGACACUCCUCUGAGCUGGGCAGCAAUGAAGGGCAACCUGGAGAGCGUCAGCAUCCUCCUAGAGUAUGGAGCUGAGGUCAGGAUAGUCAAUAUGAAGGGGCAGACCCCAAUUUCAAGGUUGGUUGCCUUGCUGGUCAGAGGACUUGGCACUGAGAGAGAAGAUUCCUGCUUUGAUCUUCUUCACAGAGCCGUUGGACACUUUGAAUUGAGGAAAAAUGGUGCUAUGCCGCGUGAGGUUCUGCGAGAUCAGCAGCUUUGUGAAAAGCUUACCACAUUAUGCUCCGUCCCAGGCACAUUAAAGACGCUUUCGCGCUAUGCUGUGCGCAACAGCUUGGGUAUGCAGUUCCUACCAGAUGCAGUGAAGGAACUGCCUCUGCCAGAAUCUUUGAAAGAAUAUGUCUUGCUUAAAUGA